UAUCUACGCGACUGCUCAGUGGGGCAGGGGUGUACGGCACAACCUCACACAACUAACCAACCACGGAGGCACCGCACAGCACCAUACACACCAUAUGCAUCCACACUAGGCUCUCAUUCCACCUGCCUACUGUCAUUCUGCUGGACGAAGUGCUCAAUGUCUUCUCUUCCGCCAGACGUGGCUGACGCGCGCAAGAACCGCGUCAACAAUGAAAUUCUUGGUCUCUUCAAACGUGCUCCCCAGAAAUCGGAAGCGUCUAGUCGUUCCUUCAGAGGUAUGGGUUUCUACACACACGUUGCAAAUUCUCCAUCAGCCGAAAAUGCAGCAGCCUCUUUACAACCACAGUUCCUGCCAUCGGGAGGGCCGUCCCAAUACAAUCGCAAGGCUAUGCUAUCAGGAGAACUACCCGAAGAGAUCAAGGCAAUUCACCGUGACAUGGCCCAAAUUUUGGAGCGUGAGAGAGAGCUCAUCAGUCGCGAAAUCAUUCCUAACCCCAGUGAUAAAUAUGGAGAGUUUGUCUUGCCGGUAGCGCCACUGCGACUACCCCGUCGGAUAUGUCAUGGCGAUCUUAUGACUCUGAGGCACUUUCUUCUGAGUAACAUGGGUCUCAACAUUGUGGAAUUUGCCAGAUUGAAAAAGAUGUUGGGUGAGAGCAGGUGGCCACCGAGGCUUGCUUCGGUUGAGGCCUACAAUGCGUCCACGCAAAAACCGUGGUCAGAUCAUAAUCUCAACCCUCUGACCGUGUAUAAUAAAAAAAAGCCCGAUAAUCCCGGUGUCGAGAAUCCGAUGUGCAAGCAACUUGGUUUUCCGACAGGAGCAACAGACACACCGCGCGUAAUCACGCGUGAGCAGCCUGUACGAGGUGAAGAUCUUCGUCGUGCUGUGCUAAGAAAAACGAUUGCUAGUGGAAAGCCAUCAUACGACAGUAGUCGAGAUCCGAGGCGGAAAGGACGGUGA